AUGGCUACCGGAGCGCAGUCUUUCUACGAGCUUUACCGACGAAGCAGCAUCGGUCUCGCUCUGACAGACACGCUCGAUGAUCUCAUCAGUGAAGAACGCAUCAACCCCCAGCUCGCUAUGAAGAUCUUAGGCAACUUUGAUCAAGCUAUCACUGAGGCACUUCAGAAGAACGUCAAGGCCCGUCUUCAAUUCAAGGGAAGCCUCGAUACGUACCGAUUCUGCGAUGAAGUCUGGACUUUUCUAAUAAAGAACGUGACAUUCAAGAUGGAUAGCGGAAGCCAGUCUAUCACGGCGAACAAGGUCAAGAUUGUCAGCUGCAAUGCCAAGAAGCCUGGCGAAGGACAAUAG